AUGCGGGCCGCCACGGGCGUCACCAACGCCCAGGCCAGCACUAGCGGGUUCCGUAACGAGGCGGGGUUUGUGGCUCGCCGUGUGGCCGGGGUGCACAGACUAGGCCACCAUGCGCCCGUCCAGCCAGCGCCGCCGCCGCUGGUGCAGCAGUUGCCGCAGCGCCGCGGAGGAAGCGUGACGAGCGCGCCGCCGCCGCCGCGUCUCGCGCCACCCCGUGCCCACUGUGUCAGCACCACGCCGGGGGGCGAGGGCGUCGAGGCCGCGCUGGGAGCCAGCUUCGACGGCGCAGAGCUGGUGGGCGGCAGCGGCUCCUACUCUGGCUCGCUCAGCAGCGGAAGCGGCGGCGGCAGCAGCAGCAGCAGGGUGCGGGAGAAGCCCGGGUGGAAGCGGCGGUGGACCAUGAUUGCCAUGUGCUUCGUGGCCUUCCUGCUGUGCAACAUGGACCGCGUCAACAUGAGCAUCGCCAUCCUGCCCAUCAGCCAGCACUUUCAGUGGAACAGCGCCACCAUUGGCCUGGUGCAGUCCUCCUUCUUCUGGGGCUACCUGCUCACGCAGGUGGCCGGCGGCGUGUGGGCCGACCGCUUUGGCGGCAAGCGCGUGCUGGGCUUUGGCGUGGUGUGGUGGAGCCUGGCCACCGUCAUCACGCCCAUCGCGGCACGCGUCAGCCUGCCGGUGCUGCUGGCGGCGCGCAUGUGCAUGGGCAUCGGCGAGGGGGUGGCCAUGCCCGCCAUGAACAACCUGCUGUCCAAGUGGGUGCCGAUCAAGGAGCGCAGCCGCUCGCUGUCGCUGGUCUACAGCGGUAUGUACACGGGCAGCAUGCUGGGGCUGGCGCUGUCCCCGCAGAUGAUUGCCAGCUGGGGCUGGUCCUCCGUCUUUUACGUCUUUGGCGCCGCGGGGCUGGCCUGGUAUGCGUGGUGGGACCGCCACGCCGCCGCCUCCCCCCAGGACGACCCCGCCAUCGACGAGGCUGAGCUGCGCUACAUCACGCGCAACACAGCGUCGGCGCAGCCGCUGACCUCCAUCCCCUGGCGCCUGCUGCUCAGCAAGCCCGCCACCUGGGCGCUGAUUGUGUGCCACUUCUGCCACAACUGGGGCACCUUCAUCCUGCUCACCUGGAUGCCAACCUACUACAACCAGGUGCUGGGCCUGGACCUGAAGAGCAGCGGCUUCUUCUCGGUGCUGCCCUGGGUCACUAUGGCCAUCUCCGCCAACGUGGGCGGCUGGAUCGCAGACACGCUGGUGGAGCGCGGCUGGAGCGUCACCUCUGUGCGCAAGAUCAUGCAGACGAUUGGCUUCCUCGGCCCCGCCUUCUUCCUGACCCAGCUGGGCAACAUCACCUCUGUGAGCGGCGCGGUGGCGUGCAUGAUGGCGUCGCAGGGCCUGGACGCCUUCUCCCAGUCCGGCCUGUACAGCAACCACGCCGACAUCGGGCCGCGGUACGCGGGCGUGCUGCUGGGGCUGAGCAACACGGCGGGCGUGCUGGCGGGCGUGCUGGGCACCGCCGCCACCGGCUUCAUCCUGCAGACCGGAUCCUGGAAGCAGGUGUGGGGCGUGGCGGUGGCGCUGUACCUGGUGGGCACCGUGGUGUGGAACCUGUUUGCCACUGGCGAGAAGGUGUUCGACUGA